GAGUCAAGUAAAAGCAACAGUUCCGUUCAAUAAGUUCUCGGGAGUGCUGCUCGUUUUGUUAGACACUUUAGCACGAGCUCAUUAUAAUAUUGCAUAAAAUUCAUAUUUCAAAUUUAAGUGAAUAAACAAUAAAAUAUUCGAAAAUGUCUGUCGGUCGUGUUCUUGUGUAUGGCGGAAAAGGCGCUCUUGGAGCUGUUUGUGUAUCACAAUUUAAGUCAUCCAACUGGUGGGUCGGAAGUAUUGACAUGAAGGAAAAUGAACAGGCAGACGCAAAUAUAUUGAUCGAUAAAGAUUUAGAUCUUGGAAAACAAGAAACAAAUGUUCUAACAACUUUGGAAAGCUUAUUAGCUGGUCAAAAAUUGGACGCCAUCAUUUGUGUAGCCGGUGGAUGGGCUGGUGGAAACGCAGCUAAAGAUUUGACUUCAUCUUCUGAUCUGAUGUGGCGUCAGAGUGUUUGGAGUUCAUUAAUCGCAUCAGCAAUUGCAGCAAAACAUCUGAAGGAAGGUGGCUUGCUAACAUUAACGGGUGCUAAAGCUGCCCUGGAAGGAACACCUGGUAUGAUCGGUUAUGGUAUGGCAAAAGCAGCAGUGCAUCAACUAACAAGAUCUCUCGGUGGAGAAAGCAGUGGCUUGCCCAAGGAAAGCGCUGCUGUUGCCAUUCUGCCUGUCAUGUUGGAUACACCAAUGAAUAGAAAAUGGAUGCCUAAGGCAGAUACUUCAACCUGGACACCUUUGGAAUAUUUAGCAGACUUAUUUGUGAAGUGGACAAAAGGAUCAGAUAGGCCAGUUUCUGGAAGUUUAAUUCAAGUUGUUACAACGGAUUCAAAGACUCAACUCAUACCUGUGCCAAAGUAAAGGAAUAAAACAAAAAUGAACCAAAAGUCUUGUUGAUGCUCAAAAUGACAAUCCAUGUAUGUACUGAUGUUAUAUUUGUUAAAUGUUAUAUGAUAUUCAAAUGAUAACUG